AUGUGGUUUGUUGUGUCUUGCCUCUUGCAGUCUUGGCGGUGUUGCAACUUUUGUGGUCAAAAGCGUCCAACACGACUUCUCGCUCUGGCAGUCUGGGGGGUUUCUCUCCUUUUACAGACCGAGAUCAAGGACAUACAGAGUACAGGCACUUCUCUUCCUCACUUUAGUCUUCGCCGUAAUUGCAGUUGCUUGGUUUGAGAAUGGAGGACCACUUCGUACUAGACGCCGGCUCCCCACCCUCUGGUGGUCGAGAUGAGACAGGCGACGAACCAGACGCCAAGCGUCUCCGAACAACGUUUCCCGGAAAGCGGUCCUCCACAGUUAUCCUGAAGUUCUUAGUCAGCAAUCAUGAGGCAGGUUCGAUCAUAGGUUCUUCUGGUAGAACAAUCCGCGAAGUGCAUGAAAAGUCCGGUGCUGUCAUCAAACUGUCCACCGCCAGGGAAAUGUUUCCCGGCACUGACAAACGAGUUGCUCUGUUGAGCGGCAGUAGAAUGGAGGUGGAAGAUGCCAUGAUCAUGCUGCUUGAUAAGAUGUCUGCAGAUGCAGCAAACUGGCGUGAGACACUGAACGAACUGGACAUUGUAGUUCCCAAUAACACAGCCGGUCUCAUCAUAGGGAAGGGAGGGGAGACCAUCAAAAGCUUGCAACAGGAAACGGGCGUCCGUCUCAAGGUCUCUGACAAAAGAGAUCAAGAUAUUCACAAGUUAGCUGAGCGUCGUGUCUUGUUGAAUGGUGAUCUAGAACGGCUGAAGCAGGUAGUUACACUGCUUCUAAACAUGAUAGAGACUGAUCCGAUGUCUGGCUCAGUUCCUACUGUCACAUACAAUAACAGUUCGGCCGGUGGUUCUUCCUCCGGGUCAGCACCGUACCAGGGUGCGGGGCUGUCACAGAAUCCACCUAGUAACCAUGGCAACAACAUGGAGUCACGCUCACACCAUCAUCAUACGUCGCGCCAGUCUCCCAACCUCUCCAACAUGAACCCGUCAUCCACGUUCGACAGUCGGCCAUCCAUUACGCCGCCAUCCCUUGCCGGUCAAGUCUCGCAACCCAUCUGCAGUUGGCCCGGUGUGCCACCAGCCACAGCGGCCAUUGAACUGCCUGUGCCAUCAAUGUUGCUUGACAGUCUGCUCAACCAACAACCAUCGGCAUUGCAUCAAAUUGAAGGAUAUAGCCAAGCGUCACUCCAUGUAACUGUCAACGGUAACUCCAAGUAUCGAGUUAUCUCCAUCUCUGGCACUCUGUCUGCUGCUGAAACUGGUGUCUUCCUUCUCAGACAGAAGUUACAGCAGCAGCAGGAAAACACUAGCAUGUAAUCACUGUCUCGCCAGCCAAGCAUCAUUCUAGACUAACGCCGCCCUGCACUUGCCUCAUGCAUGUAGCGUAGCCACGUGCACUAAGCCAUGUUAGAGACACAUCAUGCCGUUUUUGUCGUGCUUUCUCAUCCAUCGCCUUUGAUCAUGUUGACCAAACCCAAUGUCUAAUUGUACGGGCAUUGCCUUUUGCCACGCUUGUAUCUUAAGCCAGUCAUUUGUCUUACAUGUCUUUAGCACUGCCGACUGGCGUGUCUUUCCAGUUUUAUUCGAGUUUUACCCGUUUCUACACACAAUAUGGCAUACAACGUAGGUCCAUAACUAUCAUGCAGAUGCCUUGCUUGUCAUGCCAUUCAAUUGCCAAUCAAGUCAAGACUUUACUGUAUAUCCUAGCUAGCUGGCCAUCCACGUACAUGUACAGAAACUGUGGUUGUAGUGUAUUACUAUUAGUCUGGCUUCAACCUGCUGCGUCACCGCCAUGCAGUGGUCACUGGGACUCGGUCACUGUGUUGUCAUAUUUAAACUAACUUGCACUGGGAGCCCAUGCAUGGGAAAUACCCCUCAGCUAGCAACCAUCCUACUCGCACAUCACACAGUACAUGUAUAUUCCACGGUGGAGUCUUUCAUUAUAGGC